GAAAAUUCAUAUAGGGAAUUUCGUUGAAACAGAAUAGUGUGAAUUAUAGAGACGAGUAGAGAAGAGAGUGUGUGCAUUGCGCGGUGGACGUAGAUGCGUAUAUUAAGCACACCGGUGGGUGUAAGAAUUAUCAUCAAAGGUGUAGCAGAAAGGCUUAGCGGUAGUGGAAAGGUAAAUACAUCUCUAAUUAUGUCUCUUCGCAAGUCUCUUCGCCGUAGUUUACGAUCGAGUUACAAAGUGAAGUCAUCCGAUGAGGGCCAAGUGAAGCCGGACUCGUCCAAGAUGUCGAGUGGCGAGCGUGGCCGCGGGAGUGACGCUCCAGGGAGCUACCUACCUGCCGACGAUGUCGCCGUCCGCCUCGACAGUGCCGGAGCCUCGGCUGCCAGCCUUGCCCUCCAGGCCCCGAGCCUCACCCUCCAGGCUCCGAGCCUCACCCUCCAGGCCCCCAGCAGCAGCAGCAGCUUCGAGGGUCACGAGGGCAUCGUGGCCACGGGAACCUACCACAGCUCCGAGAGCGAGGAUGACCUCCUCGAGGCGGAACGGUUGGACGAGGCGACGUGCCCCGACAGUGCCCUCUACGAGUUUAUUUUCCGAGCCUGCGCGUUGAUGGCUCUUGAGAACGAUGAGCUAAAGCAGAUCAUUGAACAGCAGCAGCAGCAAGCAGACGACCGGAGGGAGCGGAGUGAGGAGGAGGAAGGCUCGACGUCCAAGCAGGAGGCCGACGGAAGCAGGAAGAAAGGCAAGAAGCCAAAGAGCGGAGUGGUUCCGGAGGACGACGAUGGCGGCAUCAAGAAGAAACUGAGUGACAUGCGGCUGCGGAUAGGAUGGCUGCGGCGCCGCGGCGAGGCGCAGGUCAGCGUCAGGCCGCAGCCCGAGGAGGCGCAGGGCUGGGCUGACAGCUUCCACAACCUCAUGGCCUCAAAAUAUGGUCAGGCGCUCUUCAAAGCCUUCCUGCAGAGGGAAUUCAGUGAGGAGAAUGUGGAGUUCUGGCUGGCAGUGGAGGACUUCAAGAAGACACGCGUGGCAAAGAUGCCCUCCAAAGCCUCCAAGAUUCACUCCGACUACGUUGCAGUUCAGGCACCUAAAGAGAUCAACCUGGAUCCCGGCACCCGCGCGCAGAUCGCAAAGUCUCUGGACUGUCCGGACAAGUUCAUCUUCGACGCGGCCCAGAAGAGGGUCCAGGCGCUGAUGGAGUCCGACGCGUACCUGCGGUUCUUGCAGUCGGAGCUGUACAAGGAGCUCCUCCACCCAGAGUCCUCACCCUCUAACCCAGAGACGUUAUAGGGCAUUCUCGAGGACGUGUCGUUUGUCACCGAGGACGACCUUGAGCAGCCGUUGUCGUCACCAUCGUCAUAGAGUACAUGUGCUGAGGGACCAAUUGUUGUGAGCCAGCAGCAGCAGCAAUAGCAGCCGCAGCAGCAAGAGCAGCAGCAGCAGCAAUAUCAGCAGCAGCAAUAUCAUCAUCAUCAGCAGCAGCAGCAGCAGCUACUCAUGGUUCUAGCUGUCAAGUGGUGAUGGUCACUGCCGUGUUGGCGACCUCGUCAUACCUCCGAGGGUCGCGGAGAUAACUUAAGGAAGCGGUCGAUGGUAAUAGAUGUCGAAUUCUCCUAUGUUUUUCGAAGCUGAAAUCCGUGGAGAUUCUUCAAAUGAAUGUAUUUAAUAAUUUAUAAUAGGGGGUUUGUAAAUUUAUUUGGUGAAGAUAUUCUUGUAUGGGGAGGAAGUAUAAUAGUUGUAACACUUAUUAAGACAAAUAUUAAGAAAA